AUGAUUUCUCUAUCGAUUCAGAAAGAUAUUGUAAAUGCUUGUAAAAUAGAAAUCGUUAAAGCUAUUCUUGAGGAAUUAAAUGGUAACUACUUUUCCUUACUAGUUGAUGAGUCUUUUGACGUGUCACACAAAGAGCAAAUGGCUAUUGUAUUGCGAUAUGUUGAUAGGAUGGGGUUUGUGAUAGAGCGACUUAUUGAUAUUGUUCAUGUUGAAGAUACUAGUGCUUUAUCUCUAAAAAAGAUAAUUGUCAAUUUACUUGCUCAACAUUUCUUGAGUCUAUCAUCUGGGUCUCAUUAUAAGUCCUUUGUCAAUUUUAUUUUCAUGUUUGGCUCUAUUGUUGAUGUUCUUGAAUCACUUGUUCUUGAUGCACGUAAUAUGGAUGAAAGAGCCAAGAUAAUGGGACAUCUCGAAGCUUGUCAAACAUUUGAGGUUGCAUUCAUGCUACAUUUGAUGAGAGAUUUUUUGACUAUCACAAAUGAUCUUAACAAAUGCUUACAAAAAAUGGAGCAAGAUAUUGCAAAUCCCAUGCUACUUAUUGAAGUAGCAAAGAGAAGCUCUUUAAGAUCCCGCCGCCGCCAUGCCGAUUAUACAGUCUUACAUCAUUACCGUGUUGAAGUAUUUUGCAAUAUUAUUGAUUGGCAACUUCAAGAACUCAAUGAUCAUUUUGGUGAGGUGACAAUUGAUUUGCUUCAUGGAAUUGCUUCUUUGAAUCCGGUUAACUUAUUUUCAAGUUUUGAUAUCAAAAAAAUAAUGAGAAAGACCGAAUUAUAUCCAGAUGAUUUUGAUGAAUUUAAUAUGAGUAUUCUUGAGAAUCAACUUUCAAGUUACAUUAGUGAUGUUCGUGAUGUUGAUGAAAGGUUCUUCAAUUUAAAUGGGCUUUGUGAUCUUUCCAAAAGAUUAGUUCAAACAAAGAAACAUUCAAAUUGUCUUUCGGUAUUCCGCUUAGUAAAACUAGCUUUACUUCUACCGGUUGCGACAAUAUCCGUUAAAAGAACUUUCUCGGCAAUAAAGUUUAUCAAGAAUGACUUGCGGAGUCAAAUGAGUGAUAGUUUUUUUAGUGGUUAUUUGGUGCCUUAUUUGAAAAAAUAUGUAUUUGAUAAUAUUUAUAAUGAUGCUAUUAUUAAGACAUUUCAAGAUAUAAAACCUCAUAGAGUACAAUUGUAA